AUGUUUUGCAAGGAAAAGAAGCCACCAAUUGAUGAGAGUUUGUUGAACUCUCCGCCAAGGUAUGGCUCAUGGAACAGUAAGCAAUUAAAGCUCGACAUCAGUUACGCAAGGGCAGUGCUUCUUAUUUUGAUUCUCUUUGUUUCUUUCUUCGCUUUGACGUUGAAACAUUUGGCAAUUGGGGAACAGCUCCACUUCCAAAGAGAGAAAAGCAGUCGUGUGAAUACUGUACAUCUCAUCGAAGAAACUACAUCCCUCGCUCUGGAAACCACGACUACAAAAUCAGUUCCAUGUAGUAAACGGAUCAUUGGAUUCUACUCAGAAUUCGAAUCCCUCCAUAUUACUAAAACUCAACUCGAGAAGCUGACUCAUGCCGUUUUCGCAAAUGUUGAGAUGAGUUGGGAUGGGUCGAUUUCGUUCAGAACCUGGAAGGCCAAAAACCGAUUUUUGUCUUUGAUCAAUAUAUCAAAACGAGUGAAGUCCCCAAUGAAAGUAAUGAUAUCAAUUGGCGGAGAGGAGAAUUCGCAGUACUUUGCCUCUGUCAUUGCGGACUUAAGAAAACGAAGAAUGUGCAUAAAAUCAAUUAUUACAUUCCUCGAAGAUUAUAAAAUAGAUGGUGUUGAUCUCUACUGGAAGCAUGCUACUGAGAAAGACAAGUUCAACUAUUUGAAACUCCUCCGAGAACUCCGUCAAAGAAUGAAGGGGAACGACUAUGUCAUCUCGAUUACCUUACCGGCUGCUGGAAUCGAGAACUGGGAAAUGGCAUACGAUUUGGAUCUGACCUUGGAAUACGUUGAUUUUAUUAACGUCUUCUCUAUGGAUUAUUACGGACCAUGGCCCAAUCAAUGGGGUAACCCAGCUGGACCAACUGCUCCGUUGUAUUCAGGAAUCGGUGCUCGAAAGAAUUUUAAUAUUGAUUGGACUAUGCAAUACUACGUUUGCAAAGCAAGACAACCAUCAAAAUUCAACAUCGUGGUCCCAUUCUUUGCAAGACUUUGGAACAAUGUGACAGCAGCAAUGGAGCCAGGGAGAGAAGCCUACAGAAGAGUUGAAUUGACUAACAAUAGAGCUGAUGGCAGUCCAUACAUGUCAAGAUGGACCGUCGAACAUAAUGGAUUCGAUUUAUCAAAUGCCACAUGGGAUGAAGAAUCAAAGAGUUCUUAUAUCUACGACUCCAAAGCUCAAACCUACUUGUCAUUUGAAACAGAGAAGAGUAUUGAAGCCAAGAAGGAUUACGUGGUUGAGAAGAAUUUGGGUGGAUUCUGGAUUUGGUCGGUUGACAUGGAUGAUGACAGAAACAGCCUUCUCAAUGCAUUGACAUCGGAUGAUAUUUGUUCGGUUGAAAGUGAAGAUACUGUUGAGUAUAAAUGCUGA